AUGAGUAACACACGCAAAUUAAAGGUUUGGGUAUGUUUGCUGUGCAUGGCCACGUCCAUGGCUGCCCCAGCCCGCGGCCCGACGCCUAUGACGUUAGACAUCAUUGACAUGGCAGCCAUUAGCAGAAUGACGCCGCAGCAACUGGAAGCUCUGGCCGAGGGCUUAGCAGCUGAAGAAAUCAUGAGGACAAAGCGAUCGUCAGCACAAGCCGCACUGACUGCGGUUGCUUCAAAAGCGUCGUCAGGCAUCCAAAGCAAGUUGGGUCUGCUGGGACAGGCGUCCGCUGGAGCCACUUCCUUUAUAGCGUCCGCGUCAAGCAAGACCGGCCAUGGUGAUGACCACGGUUACUCUUAUGAGCCUCAUGAAGAGAAAGUUGAUUACUGGGGCUUGAAGAAAUCCAUCCUUUACACGCUAUUCCAAGCCGUAAAAGCUAUAACCGGUGGAGUGACAAUCCUGAAGGGACAGCUAAUCAAGGGAGGUGGCGCGUUAGCGGCUAGCUUGGGAAAGGUGAUAUCAGGAAAGGGAGACGCCGUCAGCAACUUGGGAAAGAAAAUCGUUAGCUCCGCUGCCUUAAGUCACAAAAAGCCGACUGUAACAGCGGUAUACGGGCCCCCACCGACCACGCAUAUAGAGUAUGGGCCUCCACCAAGCGCUUACGGAGCACCGACCGCGCCUGCACACUACUCUCACACCGCCCCUGCCGCGCCAACAGGCUUCGCAGCACACAAGUACCCCUCUCAUAUUGACGAUAUACCAAUUUAUGGCGCAUCACUAGGUGCAGAGCAAUUACAGCAUUAUUUGGCGUAA